UCAAAUUACUCAGACCUGAAAAUCCCGUUUUUACUUGCAGAGCUAGCAACAAGUCUUGAGUUCUCUUCCCGCGCAAAUGGGAGUUUCCUUGAGACUUGGAGCACCCAGAAGAUUCUGAUUUCUUGAUUUUCAGGCAAUUUCCCUGAGAAACGUUUCCCUCCAGAAGAUCGUGGAAUUUGAUCCGAAGGCUGGCCAUGACAUCUCAAGGUCAAAACCUGAAUUCCAGUUCGGAUGAUAACUGUACAAUGGACUUUCGCCAGAAGCUUCUGUUUAUUGAUUCUCACCUGGGGGACCAAGACGUGGAACGCCUGAGGUUUCUCUGCCGAGAUUGCGUCUCCCACAAGAAGCUGGAGAAGUCCAGCUCAGCCUUGGAAAUUUUUAACCAUCUCUUGGCAGAGGAUCUGCUGAGGGAGGAAGACAGCUUCUUCCUGGCGGAACUCCUGUACAUCAUCAAGCAGAAGUCGCUGCUGUGCCACCUCUGCUACACCAAAGAGCAGGUGGAGAGCUUGCUGCCCGCCCGAAGGAGGGUCUCUCUGUUCAGAAACCUGCUCUAUGAGCUGUCAGAAGGCAUGGACUCAGACAACUUAAACAGCAUGAUGUUCCUUCUGAAGGAUUCGAUUCCGAAAACCCAGAUGACUUCUCUAAGUCUCCUGGCACACCUGGAGAAACAAGCUCGAAUAGAUGAAGACAAUCUGACGUUGCUGGAGAUGCUCUGCAAAAACGUCGUGCCUAACCUUAUGAGGAAGAUAGAGAAAUACAAAAGAGAGAAAGCCGCCCAGGUGGUGACAGCUCCCGUAGACAAGGAAACUGAGUCAUUGCAUCAUGGAGAGGAAGAGCUGUUUUCCCGUUCGGACAUUAAAAAGUUUUCCAGAGCCUUACCGGAGACACCUCUGUACAGGAUGGAUCGGACACAUAGAGGCCACUGUGUUGUUGUCAACAACCAUACCUUUACUUCACUGGCAGACAGACCAGGGACCGAUAAAGAUGCUGAGUGCCUGAAGAGCGUGUUUCAGUGGCUUGGGUUCAGCGUGCAUAGAUAUGAUAAUGUGACUAAAGAAGGCCUGGAGAAAGUUCUGCAGGAAUAUAGGAAUCAUCCAGGCCAUGCUAGUGGAGACUGCUUCGUGUUCUGUGUUCUGACCCAUGGGAAAUUUGGAGCUGUCUACUCUUCAGACGGGAUCCUCAUUCCCAUUCGGGAGAUCAUGUCUCACUUCACAGCCCAGCGGUGCCCUGCUCUGGCUCACAAACCCAAGCUCUUUUUCAUCCAGGCCUGUCAAGGUGAAGAGGUGCAACCUUCCGUAUCCAUUGAAGCAGAUGCUGUAAAUCCAGAGAACGUGACCCCUUCCCUUGAGGACAGUGUUCCUGUUGAGGCGGAUUUCCUUCUUGGCCUGGCCACUGUCCCUGGCUAUGUAUCCUUUCGGCAUGUGAAGGAGGGUAGCUGGUAUAUUCAAUCUCUGUAUAAUAAUCUGAAGGACUUGGUUCCAAGACGUGAAGAUAUCUUAUCCAUCCUCACUGCUGUCAAUGAUGAUGUGAGUCGACAGGUGGACAUUUACGGGAAAAAGAAACAGAUGCCCCAGCCUGCUUUCACACUACGUAAAAAGCUAGUGUUCCCUGUGCCACAGAAAGAGCUUUGAUUAGAUGAGAGAAUUUUCAUCAACUCUUAGACUUGAAAGGAACAUUUGGUCAUCUCCUCAGCCUCCCGCCCAACAUAGGAAUUGGUGACAGAUGGUGAGCUGGCCUGGCCUGUCAUUCUAGUAAUAGGAAAUGCUCUAUUUUCUUACACUGCUAAUUCUGGGCUUUCUUUUUCUUUUUGACGAGUCUAAGUGUUGGAAAAUUUUCCUUAUUGAAGCGUUGGAUCACGGUCUUGGCUUUAGUUGUCCACCCUGAGAAAAAGUAAUUGGCCUCGGUUUGUGCAUCUGUGAAGUAAAAGGUGGGACCAGGAACAUUUUAAGGUUCCUUUUUUUUUUUUUUUUUUAAGAUUUUAUUUUUCUCCUUUUUCUCCCCAAAGCCCCC